ACGCUGUAGGGCGUAAAAGGAGAGAUACAGGCUAUGAAUAGAAUCACCCUCCACCGAGAGCCAAGUGGGAAGGACAGUUUUUUUUUUUUUUGGAUGAGUUUCGCAUUAGCCUACCUGUGCAUUGUUCCUGCGGAAAGAAAAAAGACUUAGGAAGAUGGAGCAGUGUCUGCCUCCAACAGAUGUUAAACGGCUGAAGCCGAGACCGCUCAAACCGCCUCACCCUCCACCCAAACCACCUCACCCUCCGCCCAAACCACCCCAGGCUGUGCUCAAACCGACCUCUGAGGUCAAUGGGAAUUUGAUGCAGAUUGAGAGGACGGACAGAACCGCUCAAAUUCUGGCGCCUCAGCAUAAGUCCAGGCAUGAGCAGCACCUGAGGAAGAGCAAUGAGACCCAAGAGCUGAACCUGCAGGAGAACAACAAUGACUCCAGAACAGAGAGGCUGUCACAGAAUGAGAUUGACAGAGAAGUAAGCCAAUCGGAGAGCACUACAAAUCCGAGAGAGGAGACUGACAACCGACAAGAAAAAGGAGUGUCUGGUGGAAUUUUCCAGAAACCUUCAAAAGACAGAACCCCCACCUUCACUAGCUACUUAACGGAUGUUUAUCCAGAGAAAAACAAGAACAAACUUGGCAUACAGGAGAAAGGAGGAAUGUUGAGCGGAAUGUUCAGAUCCAAAUCUCCAAAACCUUCUGAGCGUACCCUACCUGUACAGGAAGAUGUAUCUAUACAGAGUGAACUCUCCACCAGCAAUGAUAAUCUCUCUGACACCAACAUAAAGGAGAAUUUAGGGGGAAUGUUCAGCGGCAUGUUCAAAAAACCUCACAAACCUGCUGGAGGUGCUACACCUGCACAGGGUGAUCUUUCCACACAAGGCGAACUCUCAGGCAGCAACAACAGCAACCUCUCUGACAACAACAACACAAACGAAAAUCUCUCUACAAACGCCAAGCUAUCAGCCAGCAAUGACAGUCUCUCUGACAAUAACACGAAGGAAAAGGGAGGGAUGUUCACUAGAAUGUUCAAAAAGGCCUCUAAACAUGCUGAGCACACAGUACCUGCACAGGAAACUGGAUCUUUACAUGGUGAACUCUCAGCCAGUGAUGACAGCAUGUCUGACAGCAGUACAAAGGACAACCUUUCUACCGAUAACAAACUCUCAGGCAGCAAUGAGAAUCUUGCUGACAAUAACACAAAGGAAAAGGGAGGGGUGAUCACUAGAAUUUUCAAAAUGACCUCUAAACCUGCUGAGCACACACAACCUGUACAGGAAAAUGAAUUGGACAGUGAUGACAGUCUCUCCGAGAACACAAAGGUGAGUAAAGGAGGAAUGUUCAGUGGAAUGUUCAGAUCCAAAGCUUCCAAACAUUCUAGGGAUCCUACACCUGCACAGGUAAGUGUCUGUCCCUGUGUUUCUGUUUAUACACCCGGUAGCUCUGUCUGA